ACAAACAAACCUUUUAACCCAAAACCCCAAAAGCUGAGGGGCAGACUUCAAUCACUCAGCAAAGUAGAGAGCAGACAGCAAUGGAGUCUGAGAAACCAAGUUUCGAACCGUUUCGACUGUUUUCAUCAUCAGGGUCAGGAUUUCUUGAACAAUCAGACCCCCCUCUUCCCCCUCCGCCUCCUUGCGUCGAAGUGUUGCCCUCCGAGAUUUUGCCCUCUGUGAAGUACACUGUGGAGCCAGUGGAGUUGGGUGGACUUACUUUGCUCAAGGGAUGCGUUAGUACUCAAGAGGUUUUCACGCUAUCCAACUCCGACUUAGUUCCUGGGAAAUAUGAAGGGGGAUUAAAGCUAUGGGAAGGUUCUCUUGAUCUAGUUAAAGCUCUAAGCUCUGAAGUUCAAAAUGGACAUUUAUCGUUUACCGGUAAACGAGUUUUAGAGCUUGGUUGUGGUCAUGGACUUCCUGGUAUCUUUGCUUGCCUUAAGGGUGCAGCUGCCAUUCAUUUCCAGGACUUCAAUGCGGAGGUCCUGCAGUGUCUCACCAUACCUAAUGUAAAUUCAAAUGUUCCAAGCUUCCAACCCCCAGCAUUGCAAGUUACAAAGUGUGAUGCGGGGACGGAAAUUCGUUUUUUUGCUGGCAACUGGCGUGAAAUCCAUAAGCUUCUUCCCUAUGUACAAAACAUUGAGAAGGAUUUUAAUGUUAGUACAGGGAAAAGUCUAGAUGCUCAGUAUGAUAUUAUUUUAAUGGCAGAGACAGUUUACUCGAUCUCUGCUCUCCCACAUCUCUAUGAACUCAUAAAGAAGUGCAUAACUCCUUCUCAUGGAGUAGUAUACAUGGCUGCCAAGAAGCAUUAUUUUGGAGUCGGUGGGGGAACUCGAAGGUUCCUAUCUGUUGUGGAGAAAGAUGGGGUCUUGGCUUCUAGCAUGGUCGCUGAAGUUGCAGAUGGUUCUUCUAAUGUCCGAGAGGUAUGGAAGCUUUCGUUUAAGUAGGCAUGGAAUUCAUGUGGAUCAAACACUGUCCUUAUUUUUUAUUUCUCUUUUGCAAUCUCCUCCCCUGUGGCCACCAAUUUUGGCCACUUACCUCCUAUAUGAAGAAUCAAAUAUUGUAAUCGAAAUUAGAAGAAUCAAAUGUUACAGUUGUUAGUCUAUAUGCUGACAAGAAGGAUGUAGAGAAUAUUUGGUCAUUAGAUAAUUUCUCUUCUCUAAA